CAUUUUUAUAUGGAGUACCAAAUUAAAUAAAUGCCCAUGAAAAAAUAAGCAACUUAGUCAAAAUAUUGCUCCAUAGUUGAUAGUUGAUUGCUUCCCUCCUUCCUUUGGUGAUUGGUGAACGCGUUUCAACUUCUCAUUCUCUCUCUUCCCCUUUAGCUUAAUCCCCUCUUCUAAUCCGUAACUCCUUUUGAUUUUUUCUGUAUAAUAAUCUCUGCUUCAACUUUCAAGUAAAAAUUUGGUGAACAAUUCAAAAAUCUGUUCUUCCUUUCUUCACUGAUUCGAGACUGAAUUUUGAUGCAUGAUUGAACUUCUACAUUUCUACAGCUUCUUGGGUUUGCUAUAAAUUCUAAAUUUGGUAAAUCUUUGUUUGUUUUAGUGAUUCAAGAUGAGAAAUAAUUUGUGGGUAUUCAAUGGAAUGAUGAUGAAAUUGCCCAUUCUGUUGUUACUGUUUUUUCAUCUACAACUUCUUCCUUGUUGUUCCAUGAAUUCUGAAGGAAUAGCUUUGUUGGAAUUUAAAAAAAUGGUGGAAGAAGAUCCUUUUAAUGCCCUUUCUGAUUGGAAUUCUGAUAAAAAUCAUUGUUUUUGGUUUGGAGUUUAUUGCUCUGAUGGAAAUGUUGUUAUUCUGAAUUUAAAGGAUCUGUGUCUUGGAGGAAUCCUAGCUCCUGAACUUGGAAAACUAUCACAUUUAAAAUCUAUUAUAUUGCGCAACAAUUCUUUUAGAGGCAUCAUACCAAGUGAUUUAGCUAACCUCAAAGAACUUGAAGUGUUAGACUUGGGUUACAACAAUUUUAGCGGACGAAUCCCUCCGAACCUUGGGAAUACCCUUUCGCUUUCAAUUCUACUACUAGACAAUAAUGCUUACUUUGAUGGCUUAUCUCCGGAGCUUAAUCAACUUCAGAUGCUAUCUGAACACCAGGUUGAUGAGAAUGAGCUACGUGGUGUUGCAACUGAUGCAAGAUGUAACAUUGAAUCUCUUUCUCGGUAUGCUAGCCGGCCACAUACUUCUGUCGGUAGGAGCUUGUUGUCAAGUAAACCAUUUUCAAACUUCCGAAAUGGCAUAAAAAACAAAGAAAAAAGAUUUGCGCAAGCAAUGCGACGUCCAUCUGGUAUUGCACCAUCAUCCCCUGCUCCUGCUCCUGCUCCUGCUCCCGCUAUAAUUCUUCCGAGAAAUCCUCCACUCCUUCCUGAAUCACCGGCAGCUCAGGCCGCUAGCGCCCCAGAUCCACCUUCUCGUGCUUCUAAAAGAUCCGGCUCAAAUCAUAAGGUUAUUAUUUGGGCCUUAGUUGGGGCAGCCUCUGCUUCGUUUGUUGCUUUAGUGGUUGUUGUUUUCAUCCUCAGAUGCAGUAAGGUGGGUACUGUAAAACCUUGGGCCACGGGUCUAAGUGGACAGCUUCAACGAGCAUUUGUCUCGGGUGUACCAAAGCUUAAGAGAGCAGAACUCGAAUCAGCUUGUGAAGAUUUCAGCAACAUAAUCGGUUCUUUAAGUGAUGGAACUGUGUAUAAAGGUACUCUUUCUAGUGGAAUCGAGAUAGCUGUUGUAGCAAGCUCCGUGAAGUCUUCCCAGGAUUGGUCGAGAAAUUUGGAAUCUCAGUUUAGGAAGAAGAUCGAAACUUUGUCGAAAGUGAACCACAAAAAUUUUGUGAACCUUAUCGGGUAUUGUGAAGAGGAUAAGCCUUUCGGUAGAAUGAUGGUUUUCGAGUAUGCACCAAACGGCACGCUCUUUGAGCAUUUACACAUAAAAGAAGCGGAGCGCUUGGACUGGCAAAUGCGUCUACGUGUGAUCAUGGGUAUGGCAUACUGCCUCGAACAUAUGCACCAGCUGAACCCAUCCAUACCUCACCGAGACUUGCAGUCUUCAUCCAUAUACCUUGCAGAAGAUUACGCAGCCAAAUUAUCAGAUUUCAGCUUCUGGACUGAAGGAUCCGAAUCUAAGGCGAUAUCAAAGAUGAGAUCGCCUUCUAAACAGUUGUUAGAGGCUUCAUUAACUGAUAUCGAGAGCAAUGUGUACAAUUUUGGGCUCGUUAUGUUAGAGAUCAUUACCGGUAGGAUGCCUUACACGGAGGAUAAUUGCAUUGCCGACUGGGUUAAAGAGUGCUUAGAUAAAGAUCAGUUAUCAGACGAUAUGAUAGAUCCAACAAUGAGUUCGUACGGAGUGGACGAGGUUCAGAGACUUUUUCAUAUCAUUAGAGAUUGUGUUCACCCGGAACCACAAGAGAGACCGACUUUAAGAGACAUUGCUGCCCGUUUAAGAGAAAUAACGGGGAUGGGGCCUGAUGGGGCAAUCCCGAAACUAUCUCCUCUUUGGUGGGCAGAGCUGGAAGUUAUGUCCAUGGAUGGAUGUUAAAAUGGGUUACUCCUGUAAGUGUAAAUUUUAGAGUAAAGUUGCGUAUGCACGGUUAUGGCUUUCACCUCGAGGCCAACCAUAGUCUUAGAUGAGAUUAUAUAAGAUAAAUAUCGAUCAUCUCGAGCCAGACCUUUCGAGUAAGUUUUAGGGGGUCGUAAAUGUGCGAUUUUCUGUACAUAACUGAGAAAAAAGAGCUUACAAUGUGUACAUAAAUUCAUUGGAACAUCUAUAUGACAAAUCAAAAACAGGGAGAAUAAAUCUUGGUCUACUCUUGAAA